AUGAAGGGUCUUAUGAAGUUGUUGUGUCUUGUUGGUUUUGUUGUCCUUGUUGCAGGGAUUCAUGGAGUUGAAAGUGCUGGUGAAUGUGGAAAGGGUACAACACCAGAUAAUGAAGCUUUUAAGCUAGCACCUUGUGCUAAUGCAGCAUCUGAUGAAGAUGCUAAUGUGUCUCAAAGCUGUUGUGCUCAGGUUAAGAAACUUGGUCAGAAUCCAGCUUGUCUCUGUGCUGUUAUGUUAUCAAACGUUGCUAAAAUGUCUGGUGCUGACCCUGAAAUUGCUGUUACUAUCCCUAAACGUUGCAAUAUUGCUACUCGUCCCAUCGGUUACAAGUGUGGACCUUAUACUCUUCCUUGA